AUGUAUUCGCUUUGUUACCCGCAUUCUUCCACUUCAAGAAGGGCAAAAAGGAAGAGAAAUAAAAGAAGAAAUGUAACUUUGUGUUUUGGUUUUUAUUUGCCCCCCCCCCUCCCGGUUUCUUCGCUUUGUCUCUCUUCUCCUGCAUACACGUGCGCUAUUGUGUUGCGGGCCAAAAUGGUGUCAUUUGUUUGUUUGUUUAUUUGUUCAGUGUUAAAAAGUUUUCACUGCUUCAUCAUUUGUAGCUGUGGUGGUGCUUCUUUUUUUCUUUUUCUUGUGUGUGCAUAUAUAUAUAUAUAUAUAUAUUGA